AAACGGAAGAAAGCUAGCCGUGAGUUUGCCAAGGGUUUCUUCCAAAAGGGAUCAAGCUGCCAUGGGUUCCCGCUACGAGGUGGAGGUUACCGUGGGCUCGGGGCAGGACCUCAAGAACGUCAACUGGCGCAACGGCGACCUCAAGCCCUACGUCGUGCUCUGGGUCGACGAUGGCCCCAAGUGCUCCACCGGCGUCGACCACCACGACGGCGAGAACCCCGAAUGGCGGGACGAGAAGCUCGUCGUCCGGGUGCCGCCCUCCACCGCCCGCCUCGAGGACGCCGUCCUCCACGUCGACGUCGUCCACGCCAACGCCGCCGCGGGGACCAAGCCGCUGGUGGGGUCCGCGCGCCUCCCGCUCCGCGAUGUCGUCGACGACGUCGGGGUCGGGGGCAAGAAGGCCUCCCGCACGCUCCGUCUGAAGAGGCCCUCCGGCCGGCCGCAGGGGCGGGUCGACGUCCGCGUCACCGUCCGCGAGGCCGCGCGGCACCACGACCCGAGCCCGUACCCGGCGCCCGCCGGCAGCGGCUCUCGCGACCCGUACCACGCCGCCCCGCCGCCGCCGGCCUACUACGGCCAGCAGCCACCGCAGGCCGCGCCGCCGGUGGGGUACCCGGCGUACGCUCCUUCUGCUCCGGCGUACGCGGCCGCGGCGCCGCCAGUGGUUGUUGCGGCCGCUGCUCCACAGAAGGGCAACCAUUCGGGGAUGGGGAUGGGAACAGGUCUGGCGGUGGGUGCAGCGGCCGGGAUGCUAGGCGGGUUGGCGCUUGCAGGAGGAGCUAGCUAUCUGGGGGAAAGGUUCCAUGACGGCUGCUGCAGCGACGACGACGACGACUACUAUUAAAACAGAGACGGAAGGUGACGGCCGGCGGCGUGGCAUGGGCAUGGCCCAUGGGAAGGAGGAACGAUUGAACAACAACAGGUUGAGAAGGGAUUGAAAUAAGUGGGACUCCAAAUAAAGCAAAAUGGAUAAAAAAUUUCAACUUUAUUAGCGUUCUGUUUAACCGCAGCCGUGUUUGUAUUUUGAUUUGCUUGUAGUACAAUCUAUCUGAAAUUCUGAAUUGAUGAAUCA